ACAUACAUAUAUUCAGUGUAUACAAUCAAUAGUGCCAUAUAUAUAAUAAAAUAGAAAAAACGAAUAUCAAUAAAUAAAAGAAUAAUUAAUUAAUUAAACCCACUAACCCAGUAGAGAUUGGCCAAGUUGGACCAAGUCAAGUUACGUUACAGAGUCAAACCCCACCACUUGACGCGUUUCUCGCCCCACUUCUUCUUCCUCGCAACUCUUCACUCUGUUUCACACACACAUUCUCAUAUAUAUAUACACACUAACUCUUAUCCCCAAAUCAUAAUUCAAAGCUUUUAGAUUCAAUUUCAAUGGCGAUCAUCAAAUCAAACACAUAUAACAAACCAUGUGGCGGUAUCACCGUCGUGACUCGUGAAGUGUGGGCGGAGAAUCUCGAAUCAGAAUUUGAGUUAAUCAGUGAAAUCAUCGACGAUUUUCCAUUUAUCUCAAUGGACACUGAAUUUCCCGGCGUGAUUUUCAAAUCCGAUCUCCGAUUUACAAAUCCCGCCGAUCUCUAUAGUCUUCUUAAAGCUAACGUGGAUGCUCUUAGUUUAAUUCAAGUCGGUCUCACUCUCUCUGAUGCUAACGGUAACCUCCCAGAUCUCGGUGAAAAUCACCGAGGAUUCAUCUGGGAGUUUAAUUUCCGAGACUUUGAUGUGGCGCGUGACGCACACGCGCCUGAUUCGAUCGAGUUACUUCGUCGGCAAGGUAUCGAUUUCGAGCGGAAUUGUCGCGACGGUGUUGAUUCGGAGAGGUUUGCGGAGUUGAUGAUGUCGUCGGGGCUUGUUUGUAAUGAGGAUGUGAGCUGGGUGACGUUUCAUAGCGCGUAUGAUUUCGGUUACUUGAUGAAGAUUCUCACGCGCCGAGAAUUGCCUAGCGCGUUGGGUGAGUUUAAGCGCGUGAUGAGAGUGUUGUUUGGUGAGCGUGUGUAUGAUGUGAAGCAUAUCAUGAAGUUUUGUGAGAGGAGAUUGUAUGGCGGUUUAGACCGGGUUGCAAGAACGCUUGAGGUUAACCGGGCGGUUGGGAAAUGUCAUCAAGCCGGUUCGGAUAGUUUGCUUACGUGGCAUGCGUUUCAGAGGAUGAGGGAUUUGUAUUUUGUUCAAGAUGGGCCGGAGAAACAUGCUGGGGUUUUGUAUGGGCUUGAGGUUUUUUAAGGGGCUUACUUUUUUUUUUUUAUAAUUCAAAUUCAAUUAAUUAACUCAAUUAAUCUUUGUAGUUAAUGAAUGUUCUUUGGAAAGAGGAAAUAUAUAAAAAUAAAUAAAGAUAAAUUUUAGAAAUUGAAAA